AUGUAUGAUUAUUUAAUUAGGUAAGAUAAAAUAUUCUGAAAGAGUUUAUGAUGCUUGUAUGGAAGCAUUUGAUUGUUUACCAUUAGCUGCUCUCAUGAAUCAACAGUUCCUUUGUGUUCAUGGUGGUCUCUCACCAGAAAUCCAUACAUUGGAUGAUAUUAGGCGGUUAGAUAGAUUUAAAGAACCACCUGCAUUUGGUCCAAUGUGUGAUAUACUUUGGUCAGAUCCAUUGGAGGAUUUUGGAAAUGAAAAAAAUUCUGAACAUUUCUCACAUAAUGCAGUCAGAGGUUGCUCUUAUUUUUACAGCUAUGCAGCUUGUUGUGAAUUCCUUCAGCAGAAUAAUUUGUUGUCUAUAAUAAGAGCACAUGAAGCCCAAGAUGCUGG